AUGGAGUUCGCGCCUCAGCAGUUGAAUGCAGGUGAUCGUAUGGACAACUUGGGUGCCACAGAAGUUUUCUAUGGUGGACAAAUGUCAAGCCGGCCAAAGGAGCUGAGCUUGGUGAAGGUUCAACGGCCAUCGCCCAAUGGUGGGUUUGAAGAAGACCUCGGCGUGGUCCAUCGCGUGCAUGCAGAAGAUGAUACAGUGACAGUGCAGUUCCCCAACGACCAGCAUCGAGUACGAGUUCCGACCAACCAAGCGCUGCUGGUACAAACGCUGACUCCCAGCUACCCCAAGAUCCGACUGAAGCCAGGUGAGCACUUGCCGAAUCGAAAGCAAUUGGAUCGGCGAGAAAAGGAGCUGGAGGAAGAGAGAAGGAAGUUGGGUCUCCCCCAGGGAGCCAUGUUGCCAUGGCAAGAGGCCGACCAGCUGAACCAGGGCGAGCGCAGGGACGACGACGGCAUUGUGCGCAUCACUGGAGAUCACUGGGGCAUCCCAACACCCACUUUGGAUGCGCUGAAGAAUCGAUCCAUUCCACCCGAUGAGGCACCCGAUGAAGCACCCGACACCCGCAAAAAGGGAUGA